GUAACAAUCACAUCUAGUGUUCAAUGGAGACCACAAUGGUGCUUUUCGCCGCGUUGUGCCUUUCUGUUGUUGUUCAAAUACAAGGUCACAGUUGGUCUAGAUGGUAUGAUCGCGACAACCCUUCGGGUACCGGCGACUGGGAAACUGUCGCUGAUCUGCGGAAAUCUCACUACAUUUGUGGUGGUUGCAAGCCGAUUGGGGCCGAGUGUCGUGUUAAAGGCUCCUCUACUGUCUUCACGCGCUGGAGGGGUUCUGCACCCGAUAAGCUCGCUGCCAACUGCCUCCCAACUAAGGGUCUGAUAUGCAAGAACGCCGAUCAAGGCUCUGGAGGCUACUGCAAGGACUACGAGAUACGGUUUCUCUGCCCUUCUACAAGGGUGGAAACGGGACCGUAUUUGGACAGAGAUGACCCAAGUGCGACUGGAGACUGGGAAAGCGUGUCUAGUUUUCGGACAACUGAUAAUAACAACAUUUGCCGUGGUGUUCGACCCCUUUGUACGCUCUGCCGUGACAAGAGCAACAAGACGCCAUAUUACAGCACUGGGGACAAGUUCAAUGCCGGGCUGGCGUGUGGCUGGGACACUGGACUCGUGUGUACCACUGAGGUGAACGGCAAAUACUGCAGAGAUUACGAAGUGCAGUUUCGCUGCCCUGUCAUCGGAACUUGCCCGACAUGUGGAAACGCACGUUGGACGAACUGGCUGAACAGAGACAGUCCUACUGCUACCGGAGAUUGGGAGCACGUCGGGCCAACAGGACACAACCCGUGCAACAGCCACGAGCCUAUUGACAUCCAAUGUCGUGAAAGAUCCACCGGGCGGCCAUGGGACCAAACCGGGCAGGUUUUCAAAAAUAAAUGCACUCCUUCUGAGGGUCUCGUUUGCGUCAAUGCGGAUCAGGCCUCCAGACAGUCUUGCAAGGACUACGAGGUCCGCUUCCUGUGCCCAUAGAAGAGAAAAACUUCUGGAACGGACACUACUUUCACAUGGCUUCUUGUUUUAAGCGUAACAAGAGUAAUACCAAAUAUGCAAUUCCCUGUAGAUGAAUUAAAGUAGCAGAACAAGCCUCAAAUCAUA